AUGCGCCUCGUCGACCUCCAUUACGACGUCCUCCAGCCCAUCCUCGACCACCUAGAUCAGAGAUCCCUGAACCAUCUGUCUCUAACUUGCCGUGUGGGACAUCACCUCGCCAUCCCGUUUCUCCUGCGCGACGUGACGCUUCGCGGUGGCUGGGAUAAAGUCGUUGCCUUCUGCCGGUUUGUGGUUGCCGACACCGAAGACAGGGCACUUAUGGUGAAGACGCUCCGGCUUUCUGCCACUCCAACCAUCGUCUACAACAAGAACAAGAACAAGCACUUUCUUUCUACAAAGGUCGCAGCAGCCAUGCCCUUCCUGCGCCGGCUCCUUCAGGCUGCCUGCAACCUACACACGAUCAGCCUGAGCUCCUCUAUGGGAGUGGCCAUGAACAAUCCCGAUUUCGGGAUCCGCGCUGCGCUCCUGCAGCUGCCGCGACUGGUGCAUCUUGUUAUAGACACGAACGACGACAUCCAGCAUGUGUGUCACAGCACCGGCUACUGCUCGUGGGACCGCUGGACAGGCAGGCAGGAAUGGUUCAACACGAUCGGCCAGAUGCACGGCCUCCGCACCCUCGAGCUCGCAGCUGUCCCCGGUGCGUCGCUCUACAAACUCCUGCAGCCUCACCAGAGCACAAUGGAACGCCUCGUCCUGCGUGGCGACUUGAAAGAUGCUGCGCUCGGGUACCAGUCGCACUCCGUUUGGGAACGCGUGCGCGAGCUGGUGGUACACAACUUCGCCGCGCGCGAGCCCCUCGUACGUGCGUUCCCAAACCUGCGCUUCCUGAAUCUCGACGUGAAUUGUGAGGGGAGGGUUUUCUACAGCCACACGAAGAACCAGAUGAACGUAGACAGCGAGGCGUGCUGGCCCGCGCUGGAUCACGUUCGCGGCACGUCGCUCGGGAUCGUGAGCUUGAGGCUGAAGUGCCCGGUCCGCCGGCUAGACAUCGACCUGGUGCAGAUGGCGCAGAUUUUAUGCAUGGAGCAAGACUACACCUUUGAAGACGUUCUGAAGGUGACCAAGCCUGCAGUGCUGUCGCUCCGGACACCGACGUGGUUUGUCGCAGCGUACUGCCGGAGCGUCGCAUCCACGCUUCCGAAGUUGAGAUGCCUCAGCCUGGAGAUGCUGUAUGAUAAUCGUAUUCCAGGCGAUGGGACGGAGUUGUUGAUGACACUGGCCGCAGAUAGCAUGAUGCAGCUGCGUUCAUUGCGGUAUCUAUCCUUGCGUAUUCUUCACCCCCGCCCCGCACCGUCGCUGCUGUGCAGUCCCGUAAACGUGUUGCAUCAAUUCGUGUCUAUCCUCACCACCCACCUGCCUUGUCUCGAGUAUCUGGAGAUUACUUGGGACGCGCUCGGCUGGCAGCGUUCAUGGUGGCACAAACAGCCCGUUGAGCUAGAUGCGGGCGGAAAUGUCCUAAACUUUGUGGUGUUUGAACUGUCGUCGUCUUUAGGUCUGGCUGCGAGGCGACGGUUCGUAGACGGCUCCGAGCGAUAG